GGGAUUUCUGGUGUUACUGGAGACUCGUAGCCUGUCUGUAGUCACCGAGCUUUGCCAAUCGGAAAAACCAUGCGUGAGUGUAUUUCCAUCCACGUGGGCCAGGCCGGGGUGCAGAUGGGCAAUGCCUGCUGGGAGCUCUACUGCCUGGAACACAACAUCGAGCCCAAUGGCACCAUGUGCAGCAGCAAGACCCUGGGGAGUGGUGAUGAUUCCUUCAACACCUUCUUCAGUGAGACAGGCGCUGGCAAGCACGUGCCCCGGGCUGUCUUUGUGGACUUGGAGCCGGCUGUCAUAGAUGGGGUAAGAACGGGCAUUUAUAGGCAGCUCUUCCACCCUGAGCAGCUGAUCAAUGGCAAGGAAGACGCUGCCAACAACUAUGCCCGUGGCCACUACACUGUGGGGAAGGAAAUCAUCGACCUGGUGCUGGAGCGGAUCCGAAAACUGACAGACCAGUGCACCGGGCUUCAGGGCUUCCUGAUCUUCCACAGCUUUGGGGGUGGCACCGGCUCGGGCUUCACCUCCCUGCUGAUGGAGCGCCUCUCGGUGGACUACGGCAAGAAGUCCAAGCUGGAGUUUGCCAUCUACCCCGCCCCGCAAGUGUCCACAGCCGUGGUCGAGCCCUACAACUCCAUCCUGACCACCCAUACCACCCUGGAGCACUCGGACUGCGCCUUCAUGGUGGACAACGAGGCCAUCUAUGACAUCUGCCGGCGCAACCUGGACAUCGAGCGCCCCACCUACACCAACCUCAACCGGCUCAUCGGCCAGAUCGUGUCCUCCAUCACCGCCUCCCUGCGCUUCGAUGGCGCGCUCAACGUGGACCUGACCGAGUUCCAGACCAACCUGGUGCCCUACCCGCGCAUCCACUUCCCCCUGGUGACCUACUCACCCAUCGUCUCGGCCGAGAAGGCCUACCACGAGCAGCUCUCCGUGGCCGAGAUCACCAACGCCUGCUUCGAGCCGGCCAACCAGAUGGUCAAGUGUGACCCUCGCCACGGCAAGUACAUGGCUUGCUGCAUGCUUUACCGUGGGGAUGUGGUGCCCAAGGACGUGAACGCGGCCAUCGCCACCAUCAAGACAAAGCGCACCAUCCAGUUUGUGGACUGGUGCCCCACGGGUUUCAAGGUGGGCAUCAACUACCAGCCCCCGACAGUGGUACCAGGAGGAGACCUGGCCAAGGUCCAGCGGGCUGUCUGCAUGCUAAGCAAUACCACAGCCAUCGCCGAGGCCUGGGCCCGCCUCGACCACAAGUUUGACUUGAUGUACGCCAAACGGGCAUUUGUGCACUGGUAUGUGGGCGAGGGCAUGGAGGAAGGAGAGUUCUCUGAGGCCCGAGAGGACCUGGCUGCCCUUGAGAAGGAUUACGAAGAAGUGGGCACAGAGUCUGUGGACGGUGAGGAUGAGAGUGAGGAGUUCUAGGGGGUCCCGGUCGGUCUCCCCCCAGUUGCAGGCCUGUCAUCCCUCUGUGUCCCCCACCUUGCUCCAUAAAUACAGUCACUGGACAGCAA